ACAUGGCUGCCGAAUGAGAUCAAAGUUGCGGUGCUGUACUUUAGGAAAAUGUAUUUUUCGUAGCCUCGGUAACCCUUUUACUAUUAUUUUUACGUUGUUAUUAUUAAAAUACGCGUCCAAGAUUAAAAUAACGGUGUGAAAAUUGUGUAAAUAUGGAUACAUCCCUGUGUAAUAGUGCUUUUAAGGUGACACCCCGCAAUACUGUAUGGAGUUCGGGAACGUAUGGCAGAGACUAAAGGCCAAGAUAAGAAGACCCUAGUUCUCGUAAGCGUUUCGCGUAGCUCGCUUAACCUUCGUGGAAUAAUUAACAAUGUUGUGUGUGCCUCUUAGAAUCGGCUAAACGACAAAGAUAUAUGUACCAGACUUGAAACCCAUGUUGGUUCUAUGUGCGUUGCGAUAAAGAUAUUCUAAGCGACGACUGAACUAACUCGAUGGUUUCCUGACAUGAUGGAAAGUAAGUUAUACGUGAAAAAUGAGCCGGGACUCGAAGGGCAAUCAUUGGUGAAUCCACCUAGUAUAUCCCUAGCUUCGGACGAAGGAGGUGGCCCAAGAAUUUGUUUUGUGUGUGGAACUUCGGGACACAGCGAACAAUAUUGGCUCAAAGUAAAGCCCAGCCUCAGUGGUUCACCAAAUGAACCAUAUUUCCCUUUUUUGGAAUCCCACGAACCACCUGCAGGGUACAGAGGAGAAGGCAUACGAAGUGGCGCCAUCAAAGUAUGCAGUCUAUGCUGCGCCACACUCUUGCAACAAUGGGAAAAUUACGAGAGAGAUGCAAGACCCCACAGCCAGAGAAUUUACUGGCUAAAGCGUUGCGACGGUGGACCUUUCACCGGGGCGGAAAUGGCCCUCCAAGGGGAAUAUGCUGCACAAGUUUUGGGACUUACCAAUGAUCAGCCACCUCAACCAAGGCAAGAAAAUCGCCCAGUUGGUGUGUCACCCAGAUUACCACCCAAUUCCCCUUCGCCACGUGUUGAGCAAUCAAGACCGCCAUCUAAUUCCAUUGAACUACCUAGACCUCAUUCAAAUGCCGAUUCUUCAAGACAUUUGGAACAAGCAAGACUGACUAUGGAGUCUCCGCAUCAGAGGUUACAGUCUCCUCACCAGAGGUUACAGAGCCCUCGUCAAGUUGUCGAAGAGCCUAGGAUUUCCAACGAAGCUGCGCUAGAUUUAAGACAUGCUCCUAGAAGUUCCCCCGCACCGCAACCUAGUCUACCACCUCAACCACAAGCUAUUUACAGUGGCGGUUCUACUUCCAGUGUGGGUACGGAUAUAUUAGAUUUAUCGAUGCCUGAUAAGAAUUCAGUCACAGAAGUCUGUUACGUCUGUGGAGAUGAAUACAAGAGAGGUUCCCUGAGUCACAUUGCAGCAAAGCCAUUGCCAACUCCGCCACCUCCUGCUACCAGCCCACCGCCAUUUUUUCCUUCACUUAUGUUACAUCCCAGACCUAGCAGAAGUCGGCCAAUGGACAGCGCUGGACGAGUUCAGGCUUGUUCGGCUUGUCAGAACCACCUUCUUUUACAAUGGAAAGCUUAUACUCGCAAAGGUGUACCUCAUGGCGAAAGAAACUACACUUUGCGGAAACGUCAUGCUCCUGCAGUUGAUACUACAACAUUUAUUUGUUAUACCUGUGCAUUGGAAUAUCCAUCAUCUAGUAUUAGAUUGCUAUAUUGCUGUUCGAAUCCAGAGAAAGAAGCUUAUUUUCCAUUCAUUUGUUCCCUGAGGCCACCGCCGGGUGCAAGUCCAAUAAGUCCUCAGGGCAUGGUACAAGUUUGUUCGAUUUGCUACAAAGCCAUUCCUCAAAAGCAGCAAGUGUUUGGAGGAGAAAAUCAUGAGAGCCAACAGCAACCUACUGCCACCCAACAGAAUAUGGAUCUUCGGCAGCAAGGUCCAUCUCCAAGACCUGCUGUCCCAAAAUCGCCAGCCAAUUCAGCUGGAAGUGACAUUCGUUUUAAACCUUAUGAUUUAAACAAAUCAACCGCGGUUGCGAACAAACAGCGCAGCAUUAAUAUCAAGAGUACGCCUGCCCAGCGAAAUUCUCCCAGCAACGGACCAGCCGAGAAUGGUACUGUUCCGGCAGGACAAAACUACAGGUGUUAUAUUUGCGAAAGACUCUAUCCGCGAACUCACAUGGAAUGGUUAUCAACUAGUCCGGAAGGAAUGAAUUCGCACGCCAUGCAUUUCCCUUGUUUACGAGGGAUGGCACGAACUUCGGAAAAUGCUUGCAUGGAUAGCCAUGGACGUGUUCUAGCAUGUAGUCAUUGCGUGAAUCAUCUGGCACAGCAAUGGGAGAGUAUGGAUGCUGAAAGGGUCCCUUUAGAACGUCGCAGGUACGAUAUUCCUAGCCCGCAUCCUAACGGAGAUGUGAGCCGCUCAAUUGCCACUCCGCCGAGUUCAAGUUCCGACCGUACAUUUGGUAGCAAUCCUGGUACGUCCAGUAGUUCGAUCUACUGUUUCUUGUGCGGCCUACACAGCGACCUGACCUUGGCAAGGGUUCUCUACGGGCGACCUCAAGGUCGCAACGCACCCUUUUUCCCCGAGCUGCUACUCCACCAGUCUCCACCAAACGCAGAGCAGCUCAGAGAAGAUGGUUCUGCCCUAGUCUGUACAUUUUGUUAUCAUUCUCUACUCGCCCAGUGGCGAAGAUACGAAAGUUUGUCUGGCGGUCAACAACUAAAUACAACCGAAAAGCAGUACAACACUCACGAUUAUUGCUGCUACGUUUGCGGUAUUACGACUUACAGGAAGCGCGUCAGGGCGCUUCCAGUCAAAGACUUUCCCUUUUUGAGGUAUCAUCGACAGCCAGAAAAGAGCCUUCUAUUAGAAAACGGGGAUUUUGCCGUUGUGUGUUUGGAUUGUUACGAAACUUUGCGGACACAGAGCUUAGAGUAUGAGAGAUGGGGUUUGCCUGUCGAAAAAAGAGAAUACAAUUGGAUCGUUCAACCACCACCACCAGAAAACAGUCCAGAAGCAGCUGUAGCUAGAUUACCAUCGGGGGAAAGAUCCGACAAAGUGAUGCCACCAACGCUUGCAGUCAGAUCGGUCAGAAAAAACUGUUCUCCGAAGGCGCCAGACAAGAAGGUCCCGGGGAAGCUGCCAGAAAAAGAUCAAGGUCUUCAACCAUCUAGUAAUAAAGGUCAACCGCCAAGUUCAAUUGGUAAAUCACACAGACCAAGCUCUGGUGUGUUACCACAAGGUCACACACCCGGACCUGGGCCUGGAAGUCAGCAGAGCAGUAGAAGCUUUGCUGCUGCUCUGAGGAACUUAGCCAAGCAAGCUGGACCUGCUCCGCAAGAAGAAGAGCCUAGGGCCAGCCCUAAAAAUAGAGCUCCACCCCCAUUGGUACGAGGACCGUCACCUGCCAAGGAACGAUCCACCCAUGAACGAAGGCCGGAAGAGAUCCCCUCGCUAUACACAACAGCACGUCAAGCUGAAACUAGCAAGCACAGUGUCACAGCUGCGGCUUCUGAUUUGUUGGCUAGAUCUGGUUUCCAACCAUAUCGGCCCGAGCAUCAUCCUGCCCACGCACCACCAGCAUUUGCUCUGGAUCCGGCCUACAGCCCCUACCAUCAUGGUCUCUACCCGCCUCCGCACUUGCAACACACUUAUAGGUUAGAAGAACAGUUGUACUUGGAGAGGUGUGGAAUGCUGAGACCUCCCUUCAUUCCUGGGCUGCCUUCUUAUCCCCUCUACGGAUUGAGGUAUAGCCAAGAUAUGUUGCCACCCGCCUCCCUAGGACUGAUGUCACCAGUAAUGCAUGAGCGCUUGAAGCUAGAAGAAGAACAUAGACUUCGACAAGCCAGAGACCAGGCUGCGCUACGAGAGGAGGAGGAGAGGAGAAGGGUUGCUCGAAGCUCGGCCCCUGCUGGUCCCGUUCCCGUCCCUGCCCCUGCCUCAGCCGACACUGCAGCUAGGAAGCCGACCAUAGCGACUCAGUUGCACAGCGAGCGGGAGAGAGAACGGGACCGUGACCGGGAACGGGAUCGAGAUCGGGAGAGAGAAAGAGAAAGAGAACGAGAACGGGAACGAGAACGAGAACGGGAAAGGGAACGGGAGAAAGAGCGAGAAAGGGAAAGAGACAGAGAUAGAGAGCGAGACAGAGAAAGAGGAAACAACAUUAACAGCAUUCAUCAUGUUACGAGAAAAGAAGAACCACCCCCUUUGCCCACGGAUUCCUCCUCUCUUUACCACCCGAGACUUGCCUCUUUUCCCAGUCCUGCAGCACCGCUGGGCCCUGCCUCACUGAGUUCAGCAUCCAUAUGCUCUGUCAGUUCUACUCCUAUGCCUCCUCCAUUGAGCUCUACUUUAUCCCCACUGACUUUAGGACCUCCACCCAUAAGCUCCGCUACUAUUGGUCCUCCUCAGAUACCCUCAAUAUCAUCAAUGUCCACUGUACCCUCGAUACCCUCAAUAACUCCAAUAUCUCCUAUGACUCCUAUACCCUCUUUGACUCCUAACGUCAUCGGGCCCCAGCCACCUCUCAAUUUACCCAUGACUCCAAUAAUUUCAAUACCUUCCAUACAUCUGCCUCCUGCGUCGUUAAGUACCAUUCAUUCUAGUCAGCAUACAACUACAAUAAUCAGCGCAAAUACCACAACACAUCAACGUACACAUCUUCUUGGCUGCACUACGACCAGUUCGUCAUCGUUUAGUGGAACGAUGACAACUCACGCGACGCAUACUCUAACAACACCCAGUGCAGUUCCACAAACGUUAAUUCCAACAAAUCAAUUACCCAAUGUUCAUAAAUCACCCCCUCUGUCAAAUAAUCAUAGUUCUAGAAAUAAGGAUGUACAGGCACAGCCGACAACUCAACCCGCGUUUGUUCGGCCCUUUGAGGAUUCAUUUCGCGCUACUUCAAAACCACAGUUGAGACCAGUCCUCAAUAAUCAUAAUCAAAAUAUCCCAAACCAAAUCAAUCAUCAAGAGUCAGUAGUCAAGUCGUCGAGUUUGUGUUCAACGACCCAAGCGGUCACAACGCAGUCAACCCAAGAUGGAUCAUCGGAAAAUCUCAAUAAGAUUCCGAUGAUUUCCACGAAUCAUCAGCCACCUCCCCAAUCAGUUCCAUAUUCAAUGCCACAAUAUCAUCAUUCUCACAUUCCUAUAUCGCAUGUCCCGAGCUUGUACAAGCCUCCUCACUUCACCACACCCUCUCCACAUCAUCAACAUCCUCCUACCAAGUUGAAUAUUCCUACUCUAAGCAUUAAUCAUAGUACGAACAAUACUAAUAAUUCGAUUAGUACGAAACCGUCAACGCACCAUGUAAGUGAGGCACAGCCGACAACAGGCAGCCUUCAGCGAACCGAUGUCCAAAUAAAUAUUAACAAUAACUGUAUUACUAAUGAUAAAACUGCUGCAAAUGCUAAUUACUACAAUAAUCAUAUUAUGAGUGGAUCAAAAGCGAUUAGUCGAAACUACAAAAGUAAUUCUGAAAACGUUCAGCGAGACCAGCGAAAUGCAAACAAUGAUAAAAACGAGUGCGAAAGUCAAUCACGACAGACACAAGUGACGCAAAACCAUGCAACGAGUAAUAUAUUAUCAGAAAAACCCGUACUUCCGGAAGUAGCUUACGAUCAUAAUAAAGGGCCUAGUUUUCAACCCCCAAAUUCAAAUGCAACCGAUAAAGAUUGCAAGUCAGAGAUCGAUGUAAAACCCCAGGUUGAUCAAAACAUCGUCAUGUCCACAUUACCUUUUCAACCGGUUGCUAAAUUCAAUGCAAAUGACAUUGUGCAAAAGCCAAUCGACACUGCACAAUUGAUGCAAAGCAUUAAAUCUGAGGAAGUUCUGCGCACCUGUCAGAACGUCUCUAAUGUUCUUUUACAAAUACCAAAAUUUCAAGAAAAACUUCUAAAUUUCUCUAAUAAUGAACUAAAAUCUUCAUUUUGCUUCACCGACAAGUGCAAUAAUUUGACUGAGAUUUCCGUGAAGUGUGAAACAGCUGUGUUAAAUGUGCCUGAUCUCAGUAAAACCUUAGUAAAGCAAGAAGUUUCAAACGAGAGGAGUUUCUUGAUACCAGAAACACCGAAGGAGCUGACUUCGACAUUAGAUCUUGCUGAAAAGCGAAGAAAGCGAAAGCGCGAGAAAACCGCUGGAGCUGGUGUAAGCUCAGAGUCUGAGGGUGAAGAAGAUGUCAAAGAUUUAGACUUAUGGAUCACCAAGGGGCCACCUUCCAAACUUCAAUGUCCAGCAAAGAAACUUUCCUUCCUCGCUAUGUUCGGAUUGACUACUCUUAGCACAAGAAAUGAAAUGGAACUCUCCAAAGUAGAAAAAAGAUACAAGCUAAAUCCUGAACCGCCAGACCCACCAUUGGAUUCUGAACCUUUCGUAGAAUCUCUACUACCGAUUCCACGGGAACACCCCAAUGUACUUCUUCAAACUCCAGACUUCAUGCCAAAAGUCGGAUUCCUUAAGACUAUUGGCCUCGACGUCAUGCCCCCUACUAAACGAGAUGAAGCUGAAGUGAGUUGGCAAUACAUUCUACAGGACCGCAGGAAACGAAAAAGUGUCAAUACAGUUACCGCCUAUUGCGAAAGGAUCGCCAAAGCUUAUUCAAAAAAUCCACCUUUGAUGCCAAGACCACCACAAAAAAUGCGACUUUUGGACAAAGUGAAAUCUAAACAUGUACCAGACCGCCCACCACCAUUACCACCGCUAGUUCUAAAUGCUCCAUCAACAUUUUACUCCGUCCUACCAAUACCUGGUGAAAAUGGUAUCAAGCAACAUUGUAAAAUCGAGGAGAUCAAUAAAUCUGGAGAUGGAAGUGAUGAAGACAAUAGAAAUCAAACAAGAUGGAGUGGCAUCGAGGACAUUAUGUUGGCUUACAUCGAAUAUUCUAAAGAAAAAACUUCUGAGAGGAACCUAUUAGCUACCCAGACAGCGAAGCUAGCAGCACGUUCGAAUAAUUUGAGAUCAGAGGCAAUUCAGCUAGAGAGAAGGAGAUAUGAUCUACUAUCUAACUGUUCCGCUCUGGAGGCAGAAAGGCGGGCUCUCAGCGAAAAGAUUGAGAAGAUUAAUGCUUUUUUGAGGGCCUUGAGGUAGCAAUACACAACGCACAACACGGAAACUCAUUCAUCUGUGAUAUUAUCGACGGGUUAAGAGCCGUUGGUAUUUAAAUACCUGGAAAACUAACUUUUAGCAAUUUUAGAUAAGUAAACGUAAGAUUACAUUGACCAAAUGUACAGCAUUUUUUUAGUCUUAUAUUACACUUUAUUUUUUUUUUAUUUGUAAUAAAUUAAAAAUUACUGGUAUCUCUGUACCCAGGAUUUUAGUCGUUCAACAAUUACACAUUAUUCAAUAUGACAAUUGUUACCUGGACCUCCAACGAGUCCUACUCGAUAAUAUCUCGCCUGAAAAGAAUUUCCAGGUAGUUAUUGUUAUUCGGAAAGUUAAGUGCCGGAUGUUUUACAUGAAGACACAAAAUUAGUAUUUAAUAAGUAAUCAUAUCAAUAUGAUACAGAUGUAAAAAUGACUUGUAAAAAAAUCAAAAUACAAAUUUCUCACAAAUGAAUGAGAAAAUCUUACUAAUUUAUAAUUUGGACUGACGGCUCUUCAACCCAAGGUAUAAAUAAAUGUAAUUUGUAUGAUAUUUUAUUGAAAAUAGAAAAAACACUCGUGUAACUUAUUUUAUUCUCUGUAAUGUGGACUUUGAUAUUUAAUUAUCCGGAAAAAUAUUCCGUCACAUAAUUCGCAUGUUUGAAGACUAAUGAGAUCUAUUGAUAAGAAAAUAAGCAUAGAAGAGAGGGAUAGCCACAAAUUAUACCGAAUCAAUCAGAAUUUCGAUGAAAUGUUCCUUGUACUAACAGCGAAUUUUAUACGCAAAAUAAAAUAACGUCCGUGAAGCUCGUAACGUUAAAGCAUGAAAUAUUCUUAAAAAAAAAUUCUCCAUUUCAGACAUCAGAUGUCCUGAAAAUCUCUAGAUUUACAGUGCAUACAUUUUCAACCAGUCAAACAAUUUUAUACCGUACUUCGCUGUAUUUUUUUAUGAUUUCAGUCCUGACUUAGAGAAUUUCGCUUUUAAUAUAUGUAUUGUUGCAUCAACGUUGCGAACCUCGCCCCCGUACAAACAGCUGUAUAUCAGAAAUGCAAAAUAUGUUCUUUUCAUUGUUGCAUUAUUCAUUCUUUUGAAACAAUCGCUUGUUUCGAAAAACAUUACAUGAAAUCGAAAUACACCGAAUAGCAUAGAGUGCCACAAUGAAUAUUCUCGUGAAAAUCUGUAGUUUUGAAUAAUACAAGUGUGCAAGAAAUCCUUCGCUUCUAUGUUAAAUACUCACAACAAUAAAUGCAAUGGCCAGUGAAUUCAAAGAAAUGAAGAAUUAUAUUAAGGUACUUAAAGAAAACGAAAGUUGAAACUGCGUGAGUACAUUCCAUAAAAAUGCUUGUUACCCAAACCUUCAACAUUCCAAAUCCAUAUACUGAUCGUGCCGUAAAACUUGAAUUAAAAUGAUUAACAUACUCUUUUCAUACAUCUAAUAUAUAUAAGUUUUGGUCACUGGUAAUUCCUGAUCAGUCUGAUUCCUAUCCUAUGAUUUGGCACAGUAAUUUUUAUCUAAUCGUGCUCUCUAAGCUAAUUAUUUUCACUUUGAUAUCACUAUCAUCCCCAUAGUCUACGAGUCAAUUUUUUGUGUUUUCAAUGUUCUGUUCAUUGAGUGCCUACAUUUGUAAAUAUCAUUAUUUUUAUGUAUCGUGUAAUAAUAGAAGACUGCAGAAUUCGCAGCCUGCGGUGUGGCCAAAACGAGAGCCUAAAAGUAAACUGUUCGAAUGAAA